AGGUUACUAUGUUACGACUUGCUCCACGUGCAGCCACAACAGAGCUCCGCAGGCAUGGUAGUGGAGGGUUCUAUUCUGGCAAAAAUUUCGAAAACUACAAGCAAAAUUACACAAAGAUGUUGAAAGAAAGUAACGAUGCGAAGUUAACAUGGAAAAGAAUAUUUUUCUAUGCCUCGCUUCCGUGCCUAGCCUUGACCAUGUAUGCAGCUUAUAAGGACCACUCCCACCACAUGUCACAUGAAAGACCAGAACACGUCGAAUAUCCAUACAUGAAUGUUCGAAACAAGCCCUUUCCUUGGGGCGACGGUAAUCAUUCACUCUUUCACAAUCCCAGUGAGCAAUAUGUUCCCGGCGUUGGUUACGAGAAGGAGCGUCAAGCAGCAGCAGCAACAAAGAAGUAAAUAAACGAUUUUGAGUUGUUGAUACUUUUGCUUGUACAUAGUCAGUGGAUACUGUAGAUAUGGAUACUGUAGAUCAUGUCCUUUGUUUAGCGGAUAGUCGCGAUCUUC